AUGCGGGGCCGCGCCGCCCGCUGCUCGCCCCUCUCCCGGCACCGCUUCGACCAGGGGAGCUUGGAGCGGUAUCUGUCCAGCCACCUGCCCGGCUUCCCUCGGCAGCCCGCGGGGGCUCUGGCUGUCAGGCAGUACAGCUCGGGCCAGUCAAAUCCAACCUUUUAUCUUCAGAAGGGUGGGCAGGCUUAUGUGCUCAGGAAGAAACCCCAUGGCCCUCUUUUACCUAGAGCUCACAAGAUCGAUAGGGAAUAUCGUGUGCAGAAGGCCUUGUUUUCAGCUGGAUUUCCAGUUCCUGAGCCUCUGCUGUAUUGCAGUGACGUUUCUAUCAUUGGAACAGAGUUUUAUGUAAUGCAGCAUGUGCAGGGUCGCAUCUUCCGAGACCUCUCACUGCCUGAAGUGGGCCUGGCAGAGCGUUCUGCUUUGUAUAUUGUAAUGAUAGAAACUUUGGCCCUGUUACACUCCUUUGAUUUACAGUCCUUGGGUCUCCAAGGAUAUGGCAGAGGACCAGGAUACUGCAGAAGACAGGUAUCAACUUGGAAAAAACAAUAUGAUGCAGCUGCUCAUACAGAUAUUCCUGCCAUGAACAAGCUGGCUGAGUGGUUAGCAAACAACUUGCCACCUCAUGAUAAUGAAGAAAGCCUGAUUCAUGGGGACUUUAGAAUAGAUAACAUCAUCUUCCACCCAACAGAGGCUCGUGUUUUGGCAGUGCUGGACUGGGAACUUUCAACUUCUGGCCAUCCUUUAGCAGAUUUAGCAUAUGCCACUCAAUUCCACUUUUGGCCUGCAUCUAUUAAGGACUUAGGUCAAGGAACUUUCUUGAGUUUCAAAGGCACCGUAGAAACUCCUUCAUUUCAAGAGCUGGUUUCCAUUUACUGCCGCUGCCGGGGUAUUAGCACUGCUUUAUCCAACUUUAAUUUUUUUCUUGCUUUGUCAUAUUUUAAAAUGGCAGCAAUAUCCCAGGGUAUAUAUGCUAGAUCUCUCAUUGGAAAUGCUUCUGCAGAGAAUAGUCAUGAAUUUGCUAAGAUUGUGAAGCCUUUGGCAGAGAGAGGGUUAGAGCUGUCCAAAAGGUCGUCUUUCAGCAGCACACAUCACAGCAUUUCUGGAGAGUUGUUCCAUCAAAGUAGGAAAGGCCAAGAAAUGUUGCUGAAGGUCAAGCAGUUCAUGAAGCAGCACAUAUAUCCAGCUGAGAAGGAAAUAAUAAAAUACUAUGCUGGACAUGGAAAUACUGAGGAUAAAUGGAAGAAACCACCACUGCUUGAGAGACUGAAGGAAAUGGCCAAGGCAGAAGGUCUGUGGAAUUUUUUUCUCCCAGAUGUCAGUGGUCUCAGCCAGCUUGACUAUGCACUAAUAGCUGAGGAGACAGGGAAAUGCUUCUUUGCUCCUGAGGUUUUCAACUGUCAUGCACCAGACACUGGAAACAUGGAGGUCCUACACAUGUAUGGGACUGAAGAGCAAAAGAAAGAGUGGCUGGAGCCUCUCCUAGAAGGGAAGAUUAGUUCUUGCUUCUGCAUGACAGAACCUGAUGUGGCUUCAAGUGAUGCCACCAAUAUGCAAUGCAGCAUUGAGCGAGAUGGAAACAGUUAUGUGAUCAAUGGCAAGAAGUGGUGGAGCAGUGGUGCUGGGAACCCAAAUUGCAAAGUUGCAAUCGUAAUGGGCAAAACCAAAAACUCCUCAGCAUCCAGGUACGAGCAGCACAGUAUGAUCAUUGUUCCCAUGGACACUCCAGGGCUAAAGCUGAUAAGACCCCUCUCAGUGUUUGGCUACCUGGAUGAGAUCCAUGGAGGACAUUUUGAGAUACACUUUAAUGAUGUGAGAGUACCUGUCUCCAAUAUAAUACUGGGUGAGGGAAGGGGGUUUGAGAUAGCUCAAGGUCGGCUUGGGCCAGGCCGUAUUCAUCACUGCAUGAGGUCCCUUGGUGCAGCUGAAACCGCUUUACAGAUAAUGUGCCAGCGUGCAGCACAGAGAGAGACUUUUGGGAAGAAACUGUAUCACCAUGAGGUUGUUGCCCACUGGAUUGCUGAAAGCCGCCUCAGCAUAGAACAGGCUAGACUGCUUACGCUACAAGCAGCCAGCAAGAUCGACAUGCUAGGCAACAGAAAAGCAAGGAAAGAGGUAGCCAUGACCAAAGUGGUUGUCCCUCGAGCUGUGCUUAAAGUGAUUGAUUGUGCAAUCCAAGUGUGUGGUGGAGCUGGAGUUUCUCAGGAUUUUCCUUUGGCUGUUAUGUUUGCUUAUAUCCGGACCUUGCGCCUGGCAGAUGGCCCUGAUGAAGUUCAUCUCUCAACAAUCGCAAGAUGGGAACUGCUUGAUCAGUCAAAGAAGCUAACUGCAAAAAUCUAAGGUCAACCUAAAGCCAUGUCAAAUGGAUGGAAGAUUUAAGAAAGCUUUUGUUCAGUGCACUAACGUUUAAGAUAAAAUUGGAUGAAUACAAAAAAAUCUGAUUCUAACUUGAAGCAAUACAUACUCUCUCCCUCUUUAUUUACAACACUUAAUCAGGGGCUUGCUUUUAAAACUUUGAAGAAUGCCCUGUAAAUACUGGAAUUUGUCUGGAUUGUUUCUAACACUAAAUAAAAUCUAUUUUAACAGG